AUGGAAACUUACGAAAAUCAAAUCAAAUACAACGAUGAUGGCUCAGUAAAUGUACCAUUUGGUCGUGCUGCUGAAUGGUAUAUAUCAAAUGCAAAUCUUUUAAAAAAUUAUCGCUUAAAAAAUCAAAGUAGACAAGUUACUCCUAAACUUGUUAAAGCUGGAAUCUUAACGGUAGAACGUGUACAAGGGGCAAUAGAUUACUUAGCAUGGAAAACUAAAACUGGAACGGUAAAAUCAACAAAUCGUAUUGAUGAUAUUUUAGUUUUAACCAGUUUAGGAAGAGAUUUGGUUUCUCAAAUUGAAUUAGGAUUAGCCAAAAACCAACAAUGUUGGUAUUGGGUUAUGUAUUGUUCUGGUGAUGGAGGCAACUGUCAAAGAUUAUGUGGUAGUGUUGGAAAAUGUAAUGAAAAUUGCGAAAAUUAUAAUUUAUGA